UGGAGUAGCAAACAAGCCAAACAACAAUCGUUUUCUAUUUCCAGUCUUUGUUUCUUCUCAAUCGAAACAACAAACACUAUUGACAGCAACGAUCUCUAGCUCUGUUUCUGGUCUCUAUCAAUAUGUCGAUCUUCGAGUACAAUGGGAGUGCACUAAUAGCAAUGGUGGGGAAAAACUGCUUCGCGAUUGCAAGCGAUAGGAGACUUGGUGUUCAGCUCCAAACAAUUGCUACUGAUUUUCAGCGAAUCUACAAAGUACAUGAUCGUCUCUUUUUAGGUCUAUCUGGCCUUGCCACUGACGCUCAGACUCUGUAUCAGAGGCUAGUUUUCCGCCACAAACUGUAUCAGUUACGAGAAGAGAGAGAUAUGAAGCCUGAGACCUUUGCUAGUCUUGUCUCUGCUCUUCUUUAUGAGAAAAGGUUUGGUCCGUAUUUCUGCCAACCUGUAAUUGCUGGACUGAGUGAUGAAAACACGCCUUUUAUUUGCACCAUGGAUUCAAUUGGUGCCAAGGAACUGGCUAAAGAUUUUGUUGUUGCUGGCACAGCCUCAGAAUCACUUUACGGUGCCUGUGAAGCGAUGUUCAAGCCUGACAUGGAAGCUGAGGAAUUGACCGAAGUUGUCUCUCAAGCCUUACUUUCAUCAGUUGAUCGAGAUUGUUUGAGUGGCUGGGGAGGACAUGUCUACAUUGUUACUGCCACAGAAGUUACGGAAAGAAUCUUAAAGGGAAGGAUGGAUUGAUGUUUGUUUAUGAAGAUAUCAGAUUAGGGCACCGGUUUUUCAGUCUCGGACUCAAAUUUGAAUAUGAACCUUGUGGUUUCUUUCAUGAAGGCUGUUUUUCUGUAAUUUUAAACCAAACUUCACUUUAUAAGUUUUUCUGUAAUUUUAAACCAAACUUCACUUUAUAAGAUUUCUGACGUCAAGCUCUA